AUGACAAUGAAUUGUUCACUAAAAGGUGAAAUUGCACGUCAAAUUGAAUGGCAUACUUAUCCAUUCUUACUUGGCCUGGGAACAGUUGGCAAUCUUUUAUCAAUCAUUGUUUUAAUACGCAUGAGACAACAUAGUGUUUAUCGUUAUUUAACAUUUAUGGCUAUUACUGACACUAUUGUUCUAAAUCUUGGUUUAUUACGUGAAUUACUUUUAUCAUCAAGUUUUCAUCUUCAUGUACAAGGUACAUUAUUAUGUAAACUACAUGUUUUUUUCUUCUAUAAUACGUUGCAUCUUUCUUCUUGGUUUCGUUGUUGUUUAAAUUUAGAUCGUUAUGUUGCUGUAAAGUUUCCAAUAUAUACAUCGAAAUGGUGUCGAACACGACAAGCAUCAAUUAAUUCAACUGUUGUCUUCACUGUUGUAUCUUUAUGUAAUAUACAUUUAUUAAUAUUUGUUAAAGGUGAUGAUCAUAUUAAGAAUUUAAAUGAUCUCAAUUCUACACUCUCCACUGUUAAUCCAUUCCAAUAUCAACGAUGUUAUUUACAUCCACGCUAUGUACACUUUUUUGAGCAAAUCUAUACAUGGAUUGAUAUGCUUCUUGUAACAAUAAUACCUUUUAUAUUUAUUAUUUUAUGUAAUUUAACUGUUAUAAAUCGUGUAUUUCUCGUAUCUGGUCCGGGUAAAAAAAAUGAAAUUGUUAGCCGUUCCAAAGCAACAAAUCGUUUACGUUCAUUAUGUUUAAUUAUGAUAUGUUCAUCAUUUGUAUUUGUUGCAACAACUUUACCAGUAACUGCAUUUAUUAUUGAUUUAUUGUCACACAAAGCAUCGAUUGAUCUAAUGCGUUGUCGACGUAUACAAUGGACUAUCUUUAAUAUUUUAAUGUAUCUUAAUUAUGCAAGUACUCUUAUUCAUUGUUUGUCCGGUACAGAAUUUCGUCAUGCACUGAUGAAAACACUACGUUUUCAAGAAAAACCAAGUUUAGCAACGAUGCUACAAACUGAUGUAAUAAAUGCUGUUAAACAACGUUUAACAUCAACACCACAACAUUUCCGUGAAGUACUUGUGGAAUAUCAUAAUCAAAAACAUUUUCAUUCAUCAUGUGUUCGUAUGUCACCAGCUAUCAGUCAUAAUAAAAUUCAACUUAUGGUGAGCGCAACAACAGUUAAGGCAAAAUAUUUACAAAUUCAACAACCAGAUUAUCAUGAUUAUUACAAAACUUCUUGUACAGCUUCAACAAAUGGCCUAGGUAUUUCUGCUUCACCAACAAUGCACAACUUACAAAAGACAGAGUGUGGACCAAGCUAUGGAUCGAUUAAUCUAAUUGACAUACCUGACCAUAAUAAUGAUAAUAAUCCUACCGUGCAGGACAAGAUUGUUUUUCAUGGUCUGGAUCAAUAA